GGGAGCAGAAUAGAGGAAGAGAAUAGAGGAAGAGAGAGCACAAAAGGGGAAGAGGGAGAAAGCAGCAAGGAGUUCAGCUGCGGCUACUGAAGAGAAAGGGUAGAAAGACUGAAAUCCACAAAGAGAGAGAGAAAUAUAGGAGGUGAAGGAAAAGUGCUUUGACUACUUGAAGUCCCAGUGACACACACCAGGACCUGAGGAGGAAUUUGUUCCAUGGACGGCAGCCGUCGGCUGAGGAGGCAGACGAGAAGGAGCGAAGAAGGGGAAGGGGAAGGGGAUGAGGAGAGCUCUCUCUUUCUCUCUCUGGAAAGAAGGGAGACUGGCCUUCACAACAACUUAUCCUUUCUCCACCUCCGUCUGCUGAACUGAAUCACAGGGAACGAAAGAGAGAGCCCCUCAGACACUCACACACCCACACUAGUACACUAAGGAUCGUUCCCCCAUCCACACACACACAGUUUUGACUGAGCCAUCAUGGGGACAGUGAGCGAACUUUGCGCGUCCAGUUUACAAGCCUUCCUGCGUCCUGCGGUGACUCCUCCAGUGCCAGACGACCUUACCCCUGAGGAGCAGCAUGAGCUGGAAAACAUCCGCCGCCGCAAGCAAGAGCUGCUGGAAGACAUUCAGCGUCUGAAGAAUGAGAUAGCAGAAGUGACCAGUGAGAUCGAGAACCUGGGUUCCACAGAGGAGAGGAAAAACAUGCAGAGGAAUAAACAAGUGGCCAUGGGCCGAAAGAAAUUCAACAUGGACCCUAAAAAGGGAAUUAAGUUCCUGAUUGAGAACGACCUGCUUAAGCACACCAGCGAUGACAUCGCCCAGUUCCUGUACAAGGGGGAGGGGCUAAACAAGACAGCCAUCGGAGACUACCUUGGGGAGAGAGAUGAGUUCAACCUCCAGGUCCUCCAUGACUUUGUGGAGCUCCAUGAAUUCACCGACCUGAACCUGGUCCAGGCCCUGAGACAGUUCCUGUGGAGCUUCCGGCUGCCUGGCGAGGCCCAGAAGAUCGACCGCAUGAUGGAGGCUUUCGCCCAGAGAUACUGCCAGUGCAACCCUGGCGUCUUCCAGUCCACAGACACCUGUUACAUCCUGUCAUUUGCCAUCAUCAUGCUGAACACCAGCCUCCACAACCCCAACGUGAAGGACAAGCCAGCGGUGGAGCGCUUCAUCUCUAUGAACAGAGGAAUCAACGAUGGAGGAGACCUUCCAGAGGACCUGCUCAGGAACCUGUAUGACAGCAUUAAGAACGAGCCCUUCAAAAUCCCUGAGGACGACGGGAACGAUCUCACACACACCUUCUUUAACCCAGACCGGGAGGGCUGGCUGCUUAAACUGGGGGGACGCGUCAAGACCUGGAAGAGAAGAUGGUUCAUUCUCACGGACAACUGUCUGUAUUACUUUGAGUACACCACUGACAAAGAGCCCAGAGGGAUCAUUCCACUGGAGAACCUCAGCAUCCGGGAGGUGGAGGACAAGAAGCCUAACUGCUUUGAGCUCUUCAUCCCAGAGAACAAGGACCAGGUGAUCAAGGCCUGUAAGACGGAGGCGGACGGCAGAGUGGUGGAGGGGAACCACACCUUCUACAGGAUCUCUGCUCCCACCACCGAGGAGAAGGAUGAGUGGAUGAACAGCAUCAAAGCUGCCAUCAGCAGGGAUCCCUUCUAUGAGAUGCUGGCCACCCGCAAGAAGAAGGUCUCCUCCAUGAAGAGACACUAGAGCUGCUCAGGACUCCUCCUCUUCCCCUCGUUGAGAGAGUUUGGACCCAUCCUGCUGAGACCCUGAGACUUAUGUUUUCAGGCCUGGGGAUGGAGUUGGGGCUGCAGACUGGGGGCUGGGGCCUCUGGCCUCGGUCAGCAUUUCUCUGGGAUAGGCUCUAGCUUUGGGAUUCUACAGGCUGACCAACAGGACAGGGUGCAUGCUGGGUAGCUGAGUUUUUUUUCAGAACCAGGAGCCAAAGCCUCCCCCUCCUCCUCUUCCCCCUGCUCCUCUUCCCCCUGCUGCUGUCUCUGUGUCUGAAUGCUCUCCAUCUCUCUCUCAACUCUUUGCUGUGUGUAUUUUGGGAGGAAGGGGUCUAUCGCUUUCUGGGUAAAAUGGAUCCCCUCCCUCAAAAAGACAUGUGCACACACACCCAUAUUGUCACACACACCAAUGUCGUACACUGAAGUCAUACACACACACACACACACACACACACACACACACACACACACACACACACACACACACACACACACACACACACACACCUCAUCUAAACUCAGCAGGUCUGAUGGAGUUGUGGCAUCCCAACCAAAAUAUUCUUACUAGCUUUCAAAAAGAAAGGUGAGAUGCUUUUCUGUAUGUGUUAAUAUGAUGGGCAACGUGUGUUUGUAAAGCUUACUACUGUAUAUAUUUCCCUCAGAAUCUUCAGCUUUUGGGUUUCAGUUUUAGUUUUUGAUAAUGUUUUUAGAAAGACUGAGUGGGAAUGGGUUAUAUUGCCAACCGACGAUUUUUUGGAAACGAGAAUAAACUUUUUUGAAGUCUUUCUGUCAAAGUUGCCUCUCAGGAGAUUGUUACUUGGCUCUGGAUCGGUCUGUAUCAGGAUAAACUUAGACUCUGUCCAAACUGUCACUCAGUAACUGAAGGAAGAGUUCAUUUACAAUGAGUUUUUAAAAUUAACAUCAUUAAAUGAACAUGUUUGCCAUUUCAUUUGCCGUUUAUAUGCACAUAAUCGGUGACAAUAAUUGAACUUUGACAGUUGUAUUCCUCCAUAGCUGUUUGCCCCUGACUCUUUGUUGUUCAUAUGUAUCCCCAGUUGUUUGACAGCAGUUUAUAGGUGCUAACUUUGUUGUAAAAACACACUUCAAAACACGGUUGUUAAACACAGUGUCGUGUUCAUUAGGCACCGAAACGGAAGAACGGGGACUGAAACAGGUGGGGACUACUUUGACUUGUCCAAUAAGAUGUGUUCAUUUUGGUUUCCCAUUGCAAAACGUUUUCUGUUGUGUGCCCUAAAGAACACUACCCUGAUGAGUGGUUUGCACAUGGUCUUAGUGUGGGAUUAUGGGCUAGGGCUCAGCUAUCGCUCUUCAUUUCCUGUUGGACUUGGAGGUCCAUUCAGGGGACUAGAGAGUCUGUCGGAGAGAGUGUCUGUGUGUCUGUCAGUCAGUACGGGGCGCAACUCAGGGGCUCACAGAGAUUUGGGGUGUCUGGAAACUAUUGUCCUCAUCUGCCCCAUCCCUCUAUUCUGUCCUCUCUCUCUUUUCUUCUCUCUUUCCUUGUCUUCCACUCAUCUCUUUUUUCCUCUCCUAUAUCUCGCUAACUGUAACAUUCACACAAGAUCAUUUAACAAUAAUAACAUUUUAUGGUGUACAACUGACUAGGUAUCCCCCUUUCCCUAUAUCCUAUUUCCUAUUCAUUGUCAUUGUCUACCUGACACUCCCAAUGAAAUGUGUCCUGUCAUGCUGCUGGUUAGCUAAUUCACAAAGACAAUCUUUCUAAGUGGAGCUGGUUAUUUUUACCUCUUAAAUGCAACAAAGAUGCCCUCACCUAUCUUUUUAUCCUAUAGGAGCACUCUUAAAUGUCCUUCCUUAUUUGUAGAUACAGUAUAAAAUGCUAGAACAAUCCAGGUUUCACCUUCUUCAACCCACACUCACCAUCCUAAAGCAUUGGAAUAGCUCUCUCAAUUUCAAAUAGCUGUUGCAUCCUUUACUGUACGAGCUGUUGCAUCCUUUACUGUACUAGGAAUACAGUAAUAAUACCCGUAAGACAAACAACGCCCAGGAAUACAGUAAUAAUACCUGUAAGACAAACAACGCCCAGGAAUACAGUAAUAAUACCUGUAAGACAAACAACGCCCAGGAAUACAGUAAUAAUACCUGUAAGACAAACAACGCCCAGGAAUACAGUAAUAAUACCUGUAAGACAAAACAACGCCCAGGAAUACAGUAAUAAUACCUGUAAGACAAAACAACGCCCAGGAAUACAGUAAUAAUACCCGUAAGACAAACAACGCCUAGGAAUACAGUAAUAAUACCUGUAAGACAAAACAACGCCCAGGAAUACAGUAAUAAUACCUGUAAGACAAACCAAGCCUGGGCAGUGGACUGUCCGUUCCUGGAAUUGGAACACCCUGGAAUGUUUGUUGGAUUGGAUUUGAGACAAAACACAGCUGUUGAUCAGGAAUGUGCCACUACGCUCCAUAGUGGUGGAACUACUCUGAUCAGGAAUGUACCACUACGCUUCAUAGUGGUGGAACUACCCUGAUCAGGAAUGUACCACUACGCUUCAUAGUGGUGGAACUACUCUGAUCAGGAAUGUACCACUACGCUCCAUAGUGGUGGAACUACUCUGAUCAGGAAUGUACCACUACGCUUCAUAGUGGUGGAACUACUCUGAUCAGGAAUGUACCACUACGCUCCAUAGUGGUGAACUACUCUGAUCAGGAAUGUACCACUACGCUCCAUAGUGGUGAACUACUCUGAUCAGGAAUGUACCACUACGCUCCAUAGUGGUGAACUACUCUGAUCAGGAAUGUACCACUACGCUCCAUAGUGGUGGAACUACUCUGAUCAGGAAUGUACCACUACGCUCCAUAGUGGUGAACUACUCUGAUCAGGAAUGUACCACUACGCUCCAUAGUGGUGAACUACUCUGAUCAGGAAUGUACCACUACGCUCCAUAGUGGUGAACUACUCUGAUCAGGAAUGUACCACUACGCUCCAUAGUGGUGAACUACUCUGAUCAGGAAUGUACCACUACGCUCCAUAGUGGUGAACUACUCUGAUCAGGAAUGUACCACUACGCUCCAUAGUGGUGACCUACUCUGAUCAGGAAUGUACCACUACGCUCCAUAGUGGUGAACUACUCUGAUCAGGAAUGUACCACUACGCUCCAUAGUGGUGAACUACUCUGAUCAAGAAUGUACCACUACGCUCCAUAGUGGUGAACUACUCUCCCAGUGCAAGACCUCUUAAGUCAGCUUUGGUAUACAUUAUUUGUUUUUAAAGCGGAAUCGUACAUGGCAUCACAAUUGCAUCCAGCAAAUGCAGCUUUAUUUGUGCAUAAAACCUUCUCUACUCUGUGAUCAGUGCCUGGCUAUCUGUUAUUCAUGUUUUUCCUCAUUUAUGGAGGCAAAUUCAUGCCAAAAAUAAAGAACCAUUGAUAUUGACAAAUUAGUCAUCAGUAUUAGUUUUAUUUCAAUAUUGUUUUUUUGCCAAUAAUCUGCUUCCAUAGCACAUAGCCCUGUUUCCCUGAUUAGUUUAUCCUAGCCUCGUCUCAGCAGACUGCUUAUAGAGAUGACAAGGAAACAGUAAAUAAAACAAUCAUUCAUCUAGACAGAAUUUGGUUACUGGUUAUUUAUCAAGGUUGUAUAUACUUAUACUUAAAUGUAUAGUGGAUAUAUCUGUUUUUCCAUGUUAUUUUGGAGUUUUAAUGUAGCAAUAUGAUGUUAUUAUUAGCCAUUUUUCUUUUUGUUUCAUAGUGUUUGAUUUGAGGUUUCUAUCAUUGCCAUGUAAUCAAAAGCUGAAAUAAAGUAAAGACCAACUUGUCA